UCAUAGGGUUGAAUCCAUAGUCUAUAGGUUCUAAUAAUAAUUACUGUCUUAAGACUAUACUUGAUUUUACAGUCACGUGCGUGGAAAAUUCUAGAAGUAUCGCGAAAUUUCCUGAUUUUGAAACUUUUCGAUGGAAACGGUUUAAACAGAUAAAGAUAGAAUCAUCCAAGAUAGCAACCACAUAUCAUUCAUUUAUUUAUUUAUUUGUAUUUAGUUAUAGAAUUUUUUCAACCCAUAUAUAGUAUCAUUUACCAAAUAUCAAUUGAUAUAUAUUUGCUAAUCUUUUCAGAUAGUUUUCAUUCUUAACUUUCAAUCGCAUAUAUCUAACUUAUUACAGAUAAUAUAUAAUGGUCAAAGAAAAGAAACUUUAUGAUAUAUUAGGUGUAUCACCUACAGCUGAUGAAAAUGAAAUUAAAAAAGGUUAUAGAAAAGCAGCUUUGAAAUAUCAUCCUGAUAAACCUACUGGUAAUACUGAGAAAUUCAAAGAAGUCUCAGAAGCAUUUGAUAUUUUAUCAGAUUCAAAUAAAAGACAAGUGUAUGAUGAUUAUGGAUUAGAAGCUGCUAGAGGUAAUGCUCCUGCUGGUGGUAAUCCUUUCGAAGGAGCAGGUGGUGGUCAUCCAUUUGGUGGUCAAGGUGGUGGAUUCCACAGUGGUGGAUUCUCCAAUGCUGAUGCAUUCAAUAUAUUCUCUCAAAUGGGAGGAUUUGGUAUGAAUGAUGGUUUUGGUGGAAAUGGUGGGUUUGGAGGUGGUGCCAGUCCAUUUGGUAAUGGUGGAUUUGGUGGUAGUAGUGGAUAUGGUGGAGGUAUGCCAGGUGGGUUCGGUGGAAGUCAAUUCCAACAACAACAAAGUCGUCGUAAACCAGAAACUAUUACAAAGCCAUUACCUGUAUCAUUAGAAGAUUUAUAUAAUGGAAACCUUAAAAAGAUAAGGUUAACCACUACUGGACGUGGAGGUGCCAAAGAAAGUGAAGUGGUUGAAAUACAACUUAAACCAGGUUGGAAAGCAGGUACAAAACUUACAUUUGAUAAUGUAGGUGAUUAUCAAGAAGAUGCUGGAGCAAGACAAAGUAUACAAUUUGUUUUAGAAGAAAAACCUCAUCCAACAUUUAAAAGAGAAGGUGAUAAUUUAAAAAUGGAAUUACCUUUAACUUUCAGAGAAGCAUUAUGUGGAUUUGAUCGUGAAAUAACAACUAUAGAUGGUAGAAAACUUCCAUAUUCAAGAUCAACUCCAGUCCAACCAAAUUCUUCAACUACAUACCCAGGUUUAGGUAUGCCAAUUAGUAAACAACCAGGUUCAAGAGGUGAUUUAGAAAUUGUAUUCAAGAUCAAUUUCCCAACUUCUUUAACUCAAGAGCAAAAAUUAUUUAUCAUGCAAAACUUUUAAGUUUAAAAAAGCCAGCCUUUUCCCAUAAUUAAUAAUUCAAAACCAAAAAAAAAAUCACUUUAAUGAGUUUAAUAGAUAUGCAUUUCCAUUUCCAAUCCCAUUCACACGGUUUUAUUUACAAUUAGUUUGUAUAUAUAGUUAUAUAUAUCGUCAUUUUAUACAUAGUUU